GUUCUUGAUGAGCUAUGUAAACCUUGUCACUCACACUCAGUUGCAGUUUUAUUACGACAGUUUAUGGCUUGCAGACAAUUAACAGCUACCGACUUUAUGAAAUUGAUUGAUUUUGGUCGAACUUUAUUAAAAUGAAUUAAAAAUUAAAAAAAAAAAACAUUAUUUAAGCGCAAAAAAACAAAAACUGUCAAUCGAAUCAUUGUUUGAAACGAUUCGCGAUUGUACAUCGGUUAACCCGAAUAUCAAAGGUGCGUUUUGACAGCGAAUCUAGAUAUUGUUGAUAUAUGGAUGAUGAUACAAAAAUUACCACAAAAUAAAAUCGAAAAUUGUAAUAAUUCAAUUGAAAUAAAAACGAAGAGUAGGAAUGGAUUCGCCAUCGAGUCCAGCCAAAUGUUUGUGCAGAGUGUGCGGUGAAGAUGGAAAACAUGACUUAUGGGAAACUAAAUUUCAAUGUAACGACACCGAUGUAAUGUUUAUUGAUGCAUACAACUGUUUUUCCGUGUUGAACAAUGACGCGUCUGUGCAUUUGUGUGAAACGUGUAGCGAAUCCUUGAUUUUUGCCUAUUCAUUUUGGCAACAAAUUAAAAAAUCUGACGAAAAAUUCAAAAUUGAACCAACUAUGAAAAUCGAACAUAGUAACGUAAUGCGAUUAGAUAAUCGACUGGUGGAAUAUGUUGAUGAUGACGUCGAUGAACUCGAAAUAUCCGAUCAGUCAAAUACAAGCAAUGCCAAAAAUUCACCAGCCAAACGAAAAUUGCGCAAAACUAAGACAAAACUUAGUGAAUCAGCACCGAAUGUGAAGACAACAACGGCUGAGAAGAAAAUCGGUGUCAAUAUCGGUGUGAAUAUCGGUCUACCACAUUUUAUAAUUGCAAAUGCUGAAUUCGAUGAACAUGAAUUACAAGACACGCUCGACAUUAGACACGAUGUUGAUGAAGAUUCACAAGAUUCGUAUCGCAAAAAAAUCAAAACAUUGAAACCAUCAGCUGUGAUACCACCCGAUUUGGAUAAAAUUAAUGAAUUGUGCAUGUCACCAAUGGAACUUGACGGUGAUACACAAUCAAUAUACAAAUGUAGUCAUUGCCCAAAAGCGUUUGCUGGUUCACAUCAUUUAAUGAUUCAUAUGCGUAAAUCCCACAUGUGCCAAUAUUGUUUAUCCACAUUUUCCAAAAUCAACGAUCUCUACAGUCACGUCAAGGAGAUGCACAAAACAUUCGAUUGUCUAUUGUGCAGCAAGGAAUUUCAAUCUAAUGGCAAUUUACGGCAGCAUAUGCGCAAAAAUCAUUCGAUCUUUUUGCCAGCACAUAUUUCGUUGCUUAAUAUCAGCGACAUAAGUCAAUAAUAAUAAUACUAAUAAUAAUAUUCGGUUCGGUAUUUUUUUUUGUU